ACAGUUCUUGUGUGGUUGGUGAAAAUAAGCCUACGCUGCAGGGAUGCAAGAGGAGCAACAGCCAGAGGCUGCUGCAGAUCCAAUGUCCUCCUCUGAUGCACCAGAAGAUGGCCCAAAGGAAACGUCAAGUGUAUCGCAGAAUAUCUCUGAUGCAGAGGCAUUUAAAAUUCUUCUGGAGAUGAAGAUGAAGAAGAGGCAGAAAAAACCUGAUUUACCAGGCACUGUGACUGAGCUUGACACUGAGGAUGGUUCUAAAGUAUAUGUGGUUGGAACAGCCCACUUCAGUGACAGCAGCAAAAAGGAUGUAGUGAAGACAAUACAAGAAGUGCAGCCUGAUGUAGUUGUGGUGGAACUAUGCCAGUACAGAGUUUCUAUGUUAAAGAUGGAUGAAAGGACAUUACUAAAGGAAGCCAAAGAAAUAAAUCUGGAAAAACUUCAGCAAGCUAUAAAGCAGAAUGGAGUCAUGUCUGGAUUGAUGCAAAUGCUGCUUCUGAAGGUUUCUGCUCACAUCACAGAACAGCUGGGAAUGGCCCCAGGAGGAGAAUUCAGGGAGGCUUUCAAAGAGGCCAGUAAAGUACCUUUCUGUAAAUUCCAUCUUGGAGACCGACCCAUCCCUGUUACAUUUAAGAGAGCAAUUGCUGCACUUUCUUUCUGGCAAAAAGUCAAGCUUGCCUGGGGCCUUUGCUUCUUAUCUGACCCAAUCAGUAAAGAUGAUGUGGAGAAAUGCAAACAGAAGGAUUUACUGGAGCAGAUGAUGGCAGAAAUGAUUGGAGAAUUUCCUGAUCUUCAUCGAACGAUUGUCUCGGAACGAGAUAUUUACUUGACCUACAUGCUGAAGCAAGCAGCAAAGCAGAUAGAACUACCUCGAGCUUCAGAAACUGAACCCAGAAACUAUAUCCCAGCUGUUGUAGUUGGUGUUGUUGGGAUGGGUCAUGUACCUGGGAUUGAAAAGAACUGGAACUCUGACUUAAACAUCCAGGAAAUAAUGAGUGUGCCUCCUCCAUCAGCUUCAAGUAAGAUUUUCAAAUUUGUCAUAAAAGCAACAGUUUUUGGACUGAUGGGAUAUGGCUGCUACCGAAUAGGUCAAAGGACAGUCCGGUUUAUUCUCUCGAUGCCAGCAGCACAGAGCUAUCUUCAGAAGCUGACAGAGAUAAGGUCUCAGCAUUGAACAUCGAGCGGAGGCGCUACAUGAAGAAGGUGGCUGAAAAAGGGUGAUAGAGGCAACAGAUGUGAACUGGACUGAAAGGAGAUGAGGAUUCUAGUCAGAGGUGAUUGAUGCUGAGCAACGCUGACUCGCUGUAUAAUUAAAUAUUUGAUACUAAAGUUACACCAGCUAUGAUCUAAUGAAUAGGUUUGAUUCCUGGUAAGCGUGUUGCAUGAAACCACGUGAUUCCAGACUGAGGUAAAAGAAAUAUGUACGCAAAAAUAUAUAUUAUAUAUAUGCACACUGUAUAUAUAAUAUAUAUUACUGAUGAUGUAGUACAGACAGCUUAAAGAGUGUAUGUUCAUGACUUCUUUUCCAGAGGAAAGGAACAACGCGAAGUAACCUAAUUGGCUGCAUCUGCUCCAAAGUUCAGGGACACUUGUCUUGAGUGAUUCUUUGCUUUUUUUCCUUGGGUAUAAUUAAUACCUAGUGGUCGUUUCUGGUGCCAGACACUUUUACACUUAAUUUAGGAGGGCAUCUUCUCAAUGUGUGUUUUAUACUUAAAACAUUUAGGCUUUUUUUAAACUUAAGAGCUUUCCAGAAAUUUCAGAAUUGUACAGGCUGUCGUACGUACACUGCUCAAAUUUUUUACAAGCCUUACUGAAGAACAGGAACGUUGCCUUUAGAUUGCAUCCCUUGUUACAACCACCAGUCGAAUUGUCUUUCUCCUGCAUAGAGAAGGUUUAGCCACGCCAUCAGAAUGCAGUGUGGUUUGUGUCAGAUGUUUACAGGACACUGUGUUCCUUUAGAUUAGCUUAUUUAAACUGUAUUAUUUAGCCAAAUCCUGCUGGAUUCAGUAUUGUAAAUUUAAGAGACUAGAACUACUGUACAAUUUGCUUUUGUUUCUCAGACCUUUCACUAUUGGGACAAGAAGUCUGGAAUUCGUAGUACCUGCCCCUCUUUUUUGAUACAUGAAAAUUUUUUAUUUAUCAAUGUAAUUGCUCAGUGGAUGAAUAUUUUAAUCUAUUUAAUAGAAAAGCAGUGUUCAAUUUAGUUUUUCAGUCUAGCUGUAGCAUUUUAUUUGGAUUACCUACUAUUUAUUCAUAGAAUUAUGGGUAUUUCAAACUGCUAUGACUUUCUUCUUUAAUUUUC